GAAGUCUACUCCAUUCCCCUUUCGAAAGCCAGAAGUGUAAGAUUUCGCUUUUCUUCUCCGAGGACGCGCAAAUCGGCCUUUAAAUUAGCUAACAUAAUUCUCUUCCCAGCUUUUUUACUUCCCCAAUUCAACGCCUGGUCGUAACCCUAAUUCUGCAAAAAGUUUUGCUGGAACCCUAGCAGGAGAAGAGGGAAUCCGUUUGCGGAUGUCAAGUGCGUUGGCCUUCCCGUCGCAACGGCGGAGGAAAUCGCCUCUUUCCGGGGCUUUUUUUACGCCUGCGGACCUUUCCGAUCUCGCUCUUAUACAAACUGUAGCGAGCAUCGCCGGCGAUAUUGUUUCUGGAAACCUCGAUCCUAACGCCUCUGUGCCCCCUUUUCAGCGCCGGAACUCGCGAUCGCUGGUAUGGAAGGUAAAAAUACUCCUUGACUUGUUGAAAUUCCUAGGCGAUGGCGGCGAUGGGAACUUACUUUUGCGGCUGCCUACCUCGGCGACGACUUGUCUCAAGGAGCUCUACAUCCUCAUCCACCGCGCUAGGAGCCUUUACGAUUUCUGCUCCCAAUCGAGCCGGCUCUGGCUUCUUCUCCGGAACCCCCAAAUAUCAGGCCACUUUCACGACCUGAACAUCGAGAUCGCCACCAUACUCGAUGUCUUCCCUCUUCGUGAGAUAGAUUUGGCUGCCGACGUCCGGGAGCAGGUCGAGCUUCUCCAUAGCCAUUGCCGAAGGUCUAAGCUUUUCGUGGAUCCGCGAGAAGAAGCCCUCCGCCUUCGCAUCUUCGCGUUCCUGGAAGAAUUUGAGAAGGAUCAGGCACCCGAUUCAGACGAACUGCGAGGGGCUUUCGUACACCAGUUAGGAAUUCGAGAUGCGAAGGCUUGCCGUGCGGAGAUCGAGUUUCUUGAGGAGCAGAUAUACAGCCAGGACGAAGACGUCGCGCCCUCUCUUAUUGGCGGUGUGAUUGCGCUCGUUCGGUACUGUCGCUUUCGCUUUUUUGAGUCCGUAGAGGAGGAAAUAACGAGAAAUCCUUCUUUUCUUAGAGUUGGAGAGUCGUCUGUUACAAUCCCAAAGGAUUUUUGCUGCCCGAUUUCUCUGGAUCUUAUGAGAGACCCAGUGAUUACUUCUUCCGGCCAGACCUAUGAUCGAGCUUCCAUCACCCAAUGGAUUGACGAAGGGCACUGCACUUGCCCUAACUCCGGCCAAAUGCUCUCACACACUCGGCUUAUGCCAAAUCGAGCUUUGAGAAACCUAAUUGCCCAGUGGUGCGCAGCACAGGGAAUCCCCUUUGAUCCCCCUGAUGGUUAUGAUGCAUCAGCUGAGACUGCAGCCACUGCUUCAGCCUGCCGUGCGGCCUUCUUUGCCAAUAAAAAAACAGCUGAGAUUUUGUUGGGAAAGCUUGAAUUUGGUUCUGAAUCAGAGAAGACCGUUGCAGCUCUUGAGAUACGUUUACUGGCCAAGACAGGGAAGGAGAACCGGGCUUGCAUUGCAGAGUUGGGUGCAAUCCCAUUGCUUGAGAAGCUUCUCAACUCAUCAAAUUGCCGCACCCAGGAAAACUCAGUGACUGCCAUACUUAACCUCUCCAUACUUGAAAAUAACAAGACGAGAAUCAUGGAACUGAAUGGCUGUCUAAGUUCAAUUGUGUCUGUUUUGAUCAAUGGAUUGACUACUGAAGCAAGAGAGAAUGCUGCUGCCACGCUGUUCAGCCUUUCAGCAGUUCAUGCUUUCAAGAAGAGAAUAACCUAUGAGUGUGGCGCUAUUGAGUCACUGGCAUUGUUGUUGAAGGAAGGAACACCAAGAGGGAAGAAAGAUGCUGUGACUGCUUUGUUUAAUUUGUCCACACAUCCUGAUUGCUCUGCAAGGAUGGUAGAAUCUGGAGCAGUAUCAGCAUUGGUGGAGGCUUUGAUGAUUGAAGGAGUUUCAGAGGAGGCUGCAGGAGCCAUAGCUUUGCUUGCGAGGCAGCAAACUGUGGUGGAGGUUGUUGGGAAAGAUGAUGCUACCGUCGCAAGUCUUGUCAGUUUGAUAAGGAGGGGCAGUGCAAAAGGGAAGGAGAAUGCAGUUGCAGCAUUGCACGAGCUUUGUAGGAGUGGUGGGGUGGCUUUGACGCAAAAAGUGGCAAGGACUCCUGCAUUGGGUGGUCUUAUACAGACUAUAUUGUUCACUGGCACAAAGAGGGCGAGGAGAAAGGCCGCCUCGCUUGUCAAGUUGUGCCAGAGAAGUGAGAUAGCAGCGGCGACUGCUGUGCCUCUUGGUGGUGGAUGGGAGUAUUCGAUGACGAGGAACAGCUCGAUGAGACGGAGUUCAGGCUUUGUUACAGGGGAUGUAUCAGUUUCAGUCUCUGUAGGCAUAUCAGUGCCUGUUUUGUAGAUUAUAUAAAGAGAGCUGAUGCAUGGAUUCUUUCAUUCAUGUGUGAGUGAAGCUUUGUUUGGUUACAGAGAGAAGGCCUAUCCAACAACAUGGGAAAGAAGCAGACUUGUAGCUUUCUUGCUCAUGAUUUGGUUUCAACAAACUGACAGAGCCAACUGAAACCAGGCAAAUCAGCACACAGAUUUUUACUGAUAGAUUCACUACAAAUUCUUCAAGAAAUGACAAACUGCUGCGGUGAAGGUUUGUUCUCUCUUUGUAACUCUUUGGUUUCAGUUUUAUUUGGCUAGAAAUUUUUUUUCCUAAGUUUGAUAUAUAGUGCUUAUGCGUUGCUGCAUUGGAAAAAUGCUUAGGGUUUUUAUUUUGAAUCCUUUAGAAUCCAUUUAGAAACAUUUUUACAAGCAUUAUGCCUACUGUGAAAGGUUGGGAUCUUGUAUAGGCAUUUUACGAAAUGUUUGAAAAUUGUGGUAGCCGUUGGAAGACCACAACUUCAUGGGCUUUAAGGAGCUGCAAAUGGUUA